UGUAGCACAUUGGACUCACACUGCUCCGACGAGUUGUACUUGCCCUGAGAGUGGCACCGUACGAUCUAGUCCGAGUGAGUGAUAAUGUGUACGGACACUGAAAGACUAGGAUAUAAGAUUGCCCCACGACGUAAGUCCGGAACGGUAUGAAACGCGCAAAACUAGUUAGUAUCUGAACGGUAAGUAAUCAAAUAACGUCUACGCUUGCAACGACAUAAGUCUACUUGAAUUCUCGGAAGCGAUAAGUGGCCCAGUCGAUAACCCUAAACCGCAAACACAUUUCUCCAAAAACGCAUCCCCGCUUAUCAGUAACCUUGAAAAUCUGUUUCAUAUUUCACGGUGAGUCUCGCUUUCUCCGUCACUCAACCAUGCUUCUAGCUGUUUAGUAAGCAAUCUGCAAACGUAGCGCAAACACACCAUGGAUCGUGAUAUAACGCUUACGAUCGCCGUAAACAAUGCGAUAAAAACUAACCAUACUAUUGAACGUACCUCGCCAGCUCUAAGCACUCGCAUUUUUGGCUGUGCAGUGUUGGGAAAAUACCGCUCUUCCCAUCUUCACUCGCGACCACGGAUUAGCUUCAUUUUUUGUUGUUGAUCAUCUUAGUAGCAGGGAUGUGCAGUGUGUACAUCCCUGCGGUAAUACAUUACGUGCCACGCUGGUAGCUACAAGCGCGCUCACUUUUCUCCACUGUAGCCAUAUAAAACGCGUUUAUCGUGGCGAAUGUUACCGCAUAAAGUGUGCGCCACUCGUUCCAGGUAAACGUAAGCGCCACCAUGAAACAGUUACUGCUCGCUGCACUGCUGGCUGCCCUGGUGCCCUUCAACGCCCUCGCCAACGACACCAAAGGGCUUACGAUCGAGAAGAGCUUUUUGCAGUCGGUGCACGACUGUGCCGAGUACCUGCAGGUGUCCAAGCACCGGCUGGUACAGUACCUCGCGUACGAGUUUCCACCGGACGACGAAACCAAGUGUUUGAUCUACUGCGUCGGUACGGAUCUGCGCUGGUGGAACAACACGUGCGGACUGCAGAUUCCGGCCAUCGUCAACUUUUUCCAGCCCGUGCUGGGCGAUCGGCAGUACGAGAAGCGCACGAGCGAGUGUCUCGAGCGGAAUGUGUACGGCAAGAACUCGCCCAACAGUUGCUGCAAGGCGUACGAUGCGUUCCAGUGCUACUUCCGGGAGUUUGGCAAUCUGGUAACCUGUCCGCAGUAUGUGCCGGCCACUCAGCUGCAGGCAACGCAGGCAGCGCUCGAUUGUCUGAACAUGCUGCGAGUUCCCGUUGAUCUGUUGAAGUGUUACAGUAAAGGAAACCUGCCCGAUGUGCCGGAGACGCGCUGUCUGUAUCACUGCAUCGAUCACCGGACCGGACUGUACACAACGGAAAGUGGCCUGUGCCUGUCGCGGUUUUAUGUGCGUGACUUCGCGAAGCCCGAUCUGCGGUAUCUGAGCAAGGAGACGAAGGCCUGCCGCGAUCGCAUUCGACAGUCUGGGUGUGACGUCUGCUCGGAGGUGUACAACACGCAUCGAGACUGUUUGGCCGGUAUCGGUGUGGAGGGGUACACGGGUGGCAUCAUUACCGAGGCGGCCCGCAUUGCUCUGACGAAUCUUGGAGUGUGCUGUGAGGAGCCACCGCGGCAAGCUUCGGUGGAGCAGGUUGAAGAGGUAGGCUACAGUUAUGCCUCCUACCAACCGGCAGCAGUGGCCAGUGGUGCGUGUAAGACUUGCGGCACCUCGAAGGUGCCGUUCGCUCCGGUACUCCCCCGGCCUGCGGUAGUUCCAGCGCCAGUAGUUACCUUUAAAUCACCGGUCUAUGCACCCCGACCAUCGGCGUGCUCUUCGUGUGGAUCCGUCCCGAAAGUGGUUCCGAUGAGCGAGAAGCAUCCGGCAGCCGAGACUGGUGGACAUAGGCCACCACCGUACGUGAAGCACGUAGCCCAUCCAGGAUCGGGAAGGCCACAGUUGAUGUACUAUCUGGCGUCGGCAGCAUCAUCGCCACCUGCUGUGGUGGAACCGUGUUCGUGCUCUUCGUCACAGGUCGUCAGUAAACCGGCGUUCUCUGCCUUCUCGCCGCGAUCGUACCCUGAACGAUCGCACGGUCCCUAUCCGUCGUGUCGCACCUGUAAGGCGGAACACUUCGGAGUAACCCCCUAAGUAGAUUCGUUAUUUAUUAAUUUUACAGUUAAAAGAGGUUCGUUAGUAGAAAUAAAAUUGACGAAAGAAUAAACAUAUGACUGUAUUGCGGUAACAAAACAGAAAUCACACCAACAAUGGCCGCUUUCUACAGCUACGUGCCAAAACCCCCCGGGGCGACUCCGGGGUGAUAAAGUAUAAACAUCAACCAACUCGGCAACAGUGUGUUUUGCCAUUUUGGAAAGCAUUUUCCCACUCGCAGAUAAACAACGUACCUGUGCGUGCGGCCAUUACGUGGACGACGUUGUGAAAACAACGCCAUAUUGCUUAUCAAACAGCUCGGAGCUGUUAUGCAUAAAACCCGGCCAGUUAUUUUAACUCCUUGCGUGGCAACAAACACCAUCAACGUCUUUUAUUAACCGAUAAAACAAUAAAUAAGUA